AUGUCGUUUGACAUGGAUGACAGUAUACUAGUAACAAUACCCAUCAGAUAUGAUGACCUUCCGCAUGCAGAACUUGGAACACCACAAAAACUCGGCGAGUACAGUAAGACCCGCAAUAAACCUUUGGUACCGGGUAGAAAAAACGCAAGAUAUCUUUAUGAAGCAGCACUGGAUAAUGAAGCAAAAGUGGAGUUUGAUUUGAACAUAGGAUUUGAUACAUUUGAGGAUAAGGAAGAGAAAAAACUUGAAGUUCUUUUGGAAUGGAUUGUAUCCCAAGCACCCGAGAAAGAUUCUCUAAAAAAGGUGCUUCACGAGGCCGACAUUGUGUGCCGGCGUGGACUCUUAACGCGAAUUGCAGCUACUCCAUACACUUCCAGAGAUUGGGAAUUUGCAGCUGCUCGCGUGGAAGAUGUGAUUUUUCUUUGCGAGGGUGAACAUUACCAACUGAUGAAGUCCAUGACACCGCGAGAACAGCUGAUGACUUACUGGGGAUUUAAGUUUGAACAAUACAUGACAGUGAAAGAAAGAAACUCUUCUUUACUGGGCAUUCGUGACAUCGUCGUUGGCUAUCGUGAUGAUAAUGGUAUCGUCGCCAAGGUUGACGUUGUGCACACGGAUGAUCUUCGCAAGCGAGUAGGUCUGGAGUGGAAGUCUAAUGUAUGUAUGAAUUUGCUGUCGGAUGUCCUUUGCUCAGAAGAGAAUGUGCUGUCAACAAUUUCCAUCAAUACAAAGAAUUAUGAUCAGCGGUCUGCAAAUUUUGGACAACCAUUGAGAAUUGGCGAAUACACCAUGACGCAUGAUCGAAGAAUGGUGCUGGGCAGGGAAGACGCAAGAUACUUGUACGAAGCCGCGCUCGCUAAAGGAGGAAGAGUGAGAUUUGAUUUGAACCAAGGAAUUGAGACUUUUGAGGAAAAAGUAUGUCUUGUUGAAGAAGACUAUGACUUGUCAAUAUUACUUACCUCUUUUUGGGCCGAACAAGAGCUCGACGUCCUUUUGGAGUGGAUUGUCGCUCAAGCACCUAAUGGAGGCCCUUUGAAGAAGGUGCUGCAUGAGGCUGACUUUGUGUCCUGGCGUGGUUUACUGACACGUAUAGCCGCCACCCCAUUCUGUCCCAAAGAUUCUUGGCAAUUUACAGCUGCUCGUGUGGGAGGUGUAAUUUUUCUUUGCGAAGGUGACAGAUAUCGUCGCAUGGAAGCUAUGACACCACAAGAACAGAUGAUGACAUAUUGGGGUUUCAAGUUCGAACACUACAUGACAGUAAAAGAAAAAUACGAAAAACCCAAAACAGAUGAGGCUGUUACAUGCCUUGAAGAAUUCGCAGUAGUGAAUCGUUCUACGUUGACGGCUGGAUCCGAGAGGCCUCUAAAAUUAGUUUAUAGCGGGGAAGUGGACGCAAUUAACGCCGAAGGGGAUAUCGUCGAAUUGAAGACACAACGCCAUGCGCUAAAUAAUAACUUUUGGAAGUAUAAAAGUCUGAAGUGGUGGCUGCAGUCAUAUUUAAUCGGCAUUCGUGACAUCGUCGUGGGCUUUCGCGACGAUAAUGGCAUUGUUACACAGGUUGACCUUCUGCACACGGACGAUCUUUACGAACGAGGCGGAUGGUCGGCUAAUGUAUGUAUGGGUGUGCUUUUCAGAGUGCUUAGUGCAAUACGAUCACAAUUGGGACGUAAUGGCAAAGCUUGUAUCGUUCGCUAUGUUCAAAGUGACAACAAGGUCACAAUUCAUCGAGCUGCUCUAGCUGACGUGGAUUUUUUUACUAGCAAAUUCAAAACACACUUCCAUUUGAAAUAAAAACACUCACAGCC